AUGGUUGCCACUGCACUCCUUAUCACCUUCGUGGCGCUCAUGCCGACGGCCUUCGCGCAGGUCAAUACGAGCUAUGUCGAUUAUAAUAUCGUCGCCCAUCCGGACUUGUCCCCCCUGAGCACCGAUCUGGUUGACUUCUCGUUCCCGGACUGCUCCAAUGGCCCCUUGCGUGGAAGUCUGGUCUGUGACCGCACUGCUAGCGCCCAUGAUCGAGCGGCUGCCCUCACAUCCAUGAUGACUCUUGAGGAGCUCAUAAAUAGCACAGGGAACCGCAUCCCUGCCAUCCCUCGCCUGGGACUGCCGCCAUAUCAGAUCUGGAAUGAAGCACUGCACGGCCUCUAUCUCGCCAAUUUCACCGGGUGCGGACCUUUCAGCUGGUCGACCUCCUUCCCAUCACCCAUCUUGACCAUGGCCGCCCUCAAUCGUACUCUGAUCCACCAGAUUGCCCAGAUCAUUGCAACCCAAGGGCGCGCCUUCAAUAAUGCGGGCCGGUACGGGUUGAACGCAUUCUCGCCCAACAUCAACGCCUUCCGACACCCGGUCUGGGGCCGUGGACAGGAGACCCCCGGGGAGGACGCGAACUGCCUGUGCUCGGCGUACGCCUACGAAUACAUCACCGGGCUGCAGGGCAACUCGACGAACCCCAAAAUCAUUGCGACCGCCAAGCACUACGCCGGCUACGACAUUGAGAACUGGCGCCAGCGGUCACGCUUCGGUAAUGAUCUAAACAUCACCCAGCAGGAUCUCGCCGAGUACUUCACCCCGCAGUUUGUGGUCGCGGUCAGGGACGCGCAAGUCCGCAGUGUGAUGCCGUCCUACAAUGCGGUCAACGGGGUGCCCAGCUCCGCCAACACCUUCCUUCUCCAGACCCUCGUCCGUGACUCGUGGGGCUUCAUCCAAGAUGGGUACAUGGCCUCCGAUUGCGAUGCGGUGUACAAUGUCUUCAAUCCGCACGGAUACGCGGCCAAUCUGUCGAGCGCCUCAGCCAUGUCCUUGCGCGCUGGCACAGAUAUCGACUGCGGGAUCUCGUACCUGACCACUCUCAACGAGUCCUUGACCCAGGGCCAGAUAUCCCGGAGCGAGAUCGAGCGGGCGGUGACCCGGUUUUACUCCAAUCUUGUGAGCGCGGGGUACUUUGACGGACCGGACGCGCCGUACCGCGAUCUAAGUUGGUCGGAUGUUGUCCGUACCGACCGCUGGAAUGUGGCGUACGAGGCCGCGGUGGCCGGAGUGGUUCUUCUCAAGAACGAUGGUGUCCUGCCACUCUCGAAAAGCGUACAGCGGGUGGCCCUAAUUGGACCGUGGGCGAAUGCCACAGAGCAAAUGCAGGGCAACUACUACGGCGUCGCGCCCUACCUCACCAGCCCACUCGCUGCGGUGCAGGCCUCCGGGCUGGAGGUCAACUAUGCCUUCGGCACCAACAUCACGUCCAAUGUCACCACUGGCUUCGCCGCUGCGUUAGCUGCGGCAGAGAAGUCCGAUAUCAUUAUCUUCGCCGGCGGGAUCGACAACACCCUGGAAGCCGAGGAGCUGGACCGCGACAACAUCACCUGGCCCGGAAAUCAGCUCGAGUUGAUUCACCGGCUCGGGGAACUUGGCAAGCCGCUGGUGGUGCUGCAGAUGGGCGGCGGCCAAGUGGACUCGUCCGCGCUGAAGGCCAGCGAGAAGGUCGGGGCCCUGCUCUGGGGCGGAUACCCCGGCCAGGCUGGCGGCCAGGCGCUGUGGGACAUCCUCACCGGCCAGCGAGCGCCGGCGGGGCGACUGACCACGACGCAGUAUCCCGCCGAGUACGCCCUGCAGUUCCCAGCCACCGACAUGAGCCUGCGGCCCCGCGGCGACAACCCCGGCCAAACCUAUAUGUGGUACACGGGCGAGCCGGUCUACGCUUUCGGGCAUGGGUUGUUCUACACCACCUUCGCGACAGCCCUCGCUGGCCCUGGGCAAGAACCAGAACGCUCUUUCGACAUUGGCGCCCUCCUGGCUCGGCCUCACGCCGGGUACAACCUCGUCGAGCAGCUCCCCUUUUUGAACUUUACCGUCAAGGUCACCAACACCGGCGAGGUGGUCUCCGACUACACGGCCAUGGCCUUCGCCAACACCACCGCGGGCCCCCGGCCGCACCCAAACAAAUGGCUCGUCGGAUUUGACCGCAUCGGACCACUGGACCCGCGGGUGUCGGCGCGCAUGUCAGUCCCUGUGUCGCUGGACAGCCUCGCGCGCACCGACGCGCAGGGCAACCGCGUCAUUUAUCCGGGACCCUACGAGCUGGCGUUGAACAACGAGCGAUCGCCGGUACUGUCUUUCACGCUGACGGGCAACGCCACUACGCUGGCCCAGUGGCCGCUGCAAGAGCAGUAG